AUGAGUGAUGGGGCCGAAUUGAAGAUGGCCGCUCAAAAACGCCUGCUUACAGGCAGCGACCUGGACAAGUGGAAGGCGUCGAAGACGUUCGAGGAGCUGCUGCGGUUUGUGUCAAGUCUGGCGCAGUCUGUGAGGGGCAGGGAGAACAGCGAGCACGCGGAGCCUGUGAGCCCGGCCAUCGAGGCACUGGAGGCGCUGCUGGAGGAGAUGCAAGGCAUUGCAGCGCACCACCCGGUGUUGCAGGACGCGGCGACAUCGCGGUUCGGAAAGGUGGAGUUCCGCGACUUCCACAAGGAGGUGCAGGCCCGCGCGGAAGCGCUGGUGCUGCAGGUGGACCCGUCGCUGACGGACGAGCAGGCGCAGGAGCUGGCGGUGUAUCUGGGCAACGCGUGGGGCGACUGCAAGCGGAUCGACUACGGCUCGGGGCACGAGCUCAACUUUGUGUGCUUCCUGUACGGGCUGUGGAAGUACGGAGUGCUGUCGGAACACGACUUCACGAACGCGGUGCUGCGGGUGUUUGUGAAGUACAUGGACGUGAUGCGUGUUCUGGAGACCAAGUACUGGCUGGAGCCUGCGGGGUCGCACGGCGUGUGGGGUCUGGACGACUACCACUUUCUGCCCUUCCUGUUCGGGGCCUUCCAGCUCGCGACGCACAAGCACCUGAAGCCCAAAUCGAUCCACAACCCGGAGGUGGUGGAGCUGUUCGAGAACCGGUACCUCUACUUUGGCUGCAUCGCGUUCAUCAACCGCGUGAAGACGACUGCCUCGCUGCGCUGGCACUCGCCGAUGCUCGAUGACAUCAGCGGCGUCAGGUCCUGGACGAAGGUCUCGGAGGGGAUGGUCAAGAUGUACAAGGCAGAGGUGCUGGGGAAGCUGCCGAUCAUGCAACAUUUCUUCUUUUCCCGCUUUCUGCCUGUGCCGGACGGUGUGUCCCCGCCCCGCACCUCUGAGGAAGAGCUUGCGGACUGCAGCGAGCAUGCCCACAGUACCUGGGGCGACUGCUGCGGCAUUCCGAUACCCAGCGCGGUGGCCGCCUCCGAGGCCACUCGCAAGCAUUCUAAACCACUUCCAUUCGAUUGA